AUGGCGAAAAACGCAGCAAAGCCGUUUAUUAUGAGAGAGGAUGAGAUGGAGAGGCUAGACGAUUUGCAUGUUAUAUGCUCGAUGUUGGCAAAUGGCGAUCUGGGAUGGGCUCCAGUCAGCGCUCCUGCCACAGUCUUGGACCUAGGGUGUGGAACUGGGACAUGGAUGAAGGAAUUCUCAGAGAGAAACCCUUCUGCUCAGAUUACUGGAUUGGAUCUUGAAAUAGUAGAUCAAUCAAGCUUACCUAAAGGCUGCAUCACACUGGAAGCCGAUUUGGAGCAGGAAUGGCCAGUCACUACCACUUUUGACUAUAUCCACACGCGGUGGCUGGUUGGAUGUAUCUUUGACUGGCCCAAAUUCUUCCAGCAGUGCUACGACCACCUCACGGAAGGCGGAUGGUUCGAAGUCCUGGAUAUAGGUUUCCCAGCGCGCUCAUCAGAUGGGACUUUACGCCCGGACAGCCACCUUGUGGCCUGGAAUGCUCUGCUGACCCAGGCGGCCUUUAUAUCGGGACGUGAGGUCACCGUCGCGGAGAAAUUUGAGCAGAUGAUGCGGCAAGUUGGCUUUACAAAUGUCACCGUUGUUGAGAAGAAGUUGCCGCAAAAUGCAUGGCCUUCUGACGAUCAGGAGAAGGCGCUCGGCAAAAUUGCCCUCCCUGUGCAUAAGUUUGGACAUGAACGAUUGGGACACGACUUCUUGGUGCCCCAGUUGAAUUUGUCUCCAGAGGAAGUGGAUUCAAAGCUUCAAGAUGUGUGGAAGGAGAUGGAUGAUGAGGAUAUCCAUGCCUGGUGGCCUAUUUACAUUGUGUAUGGUCAAAGAACGUGA